UGCGUAGAUGGAUCGGCGUUGAGCUGAAGGACAUGAACGCAAAGCAGCUCAUCCACAUGAGUAGAGAGUCGGACGACCGAAACACGGAACCAGGUGAAGUCACAGCGGCAUCGGGCAGCAUUAGAGUGUGGUUCCCGGUGUCAGCCCUCCCGCGUUGAAUAAUGCUCUCCACGCCUUCAAAAACUCUAUAGCUCUAUGUUUCCACGCACGCUGACCGUACAUCUGAUGAGUGGUUCAGCCUUUAGUAGACUACCACUACUUCGGUCUGGUGCUUUACUCUGUGUUCGUAAGACAUGGCAACGAGAGGCAGACUUGUGCUGCAGAGGGUGUUGAAGGAACUCAGAGCUCACAGUGUCGGGUACCGGAGCUCUGCUUCGACCUCAGGUCAAGGACUCCUGCUCAGGAGACCUCAGCUCCGACAGCUCAGCUGCUCCCACAGACUCUACCAGACUGGAUCUCCCUCCACAGGCCCCAGCAGUUUGUCAUUCAGGACUCAUACAUGUGGAGAACUGAGGUCACAUCAUGUGGGAGAGAAAGUCACUCUGUGUGGUUGGGUCCAGUACCUCAGACAAGACUUGUUCAUCAUCCUGCGAGAUUAUUGCGGCCUGACGCAAAUUCUAAUUCCUCAGGAAGAAUCUGCAGGUAAUUUGAAAACACUGCUCUGUGAUCUGACAGUCGAGUCUGUUGUCAAGGUUACAGGAACAGUCAAACAACGACCUGCGGGACAGGAUAACAAGGGGAUGCCAACAGGAGAAAUAGAAGUCCUGGCUGAGAACGUGGAGGUUUUCAAUGUGUGCCAGAAGCUGCCCUUUGAGAUUAAAGACUUUGUUAAAAAAUCCGAGACUUUGCGGAUGCAGUAUCGCUACCUAGACCUGAGGUCGUCACAGUUGCAGGAGAACCUCAGACUGAGAUCUCAGUUGGUGAUGAAGAUGAGAGAAUACCUCUGUAAUGUGCACGGUUUUGUUGAUGUGGAAACUCCUACAUUGUUCAAAAGAACACCGGGGGGGGCCAAGGAGUUUGUGGUUCCAUCCAGAGAGCCCGGCCUGUUUUACUCCCUACCCCAGAGUCCACAGCAGUUUAAACAGCUUCUGAUGGUUGCUGGUGUGGACAGGUAUUUCCAGAUUGCACGUUGCUACAGAGAUGAGGGCUCCAAACCAGACAGGCAGCCAGAGUUCACCCAGGUGGACAUAGAGAUGUCUUUCGUGGAGCAGACAGGCAUCAUGUCCCUGGUGGAGGGUUUGCUGCAGUACUCCUGGCCUGCAGAGAAAGGUCCCAUUAAGCUUCCUUUCCAGACUAUGAGAUACGAAGAGGCCAUGAGGGACUAUGGUGUGGACAAACCAGAUACCAGAUUCCACAUGAAGCUCACAGACCUCAGUGAGGUUUUCUCAUCCACGGAAAUUAAAUUCCUCAGGUCAGCUCUGAGCCAGCCAGGAGGCUCCGUUCAGGCCAUCUGCGUCCCCGGUGCAGCAAAACUUUUCACUGGAAAGGAUUUGGAAGAGCUGACACAAACAGCGAAGUCUCAGUUUGGACAGGAUCUGAGUCUGGUUCUGGUCAGAGCAGAUGGAACAUUAAAGUCUCCCCUGAAGAAGCUGCUGUCUGCCUCUGUCACUGAUCAUUUGCUGAAGAGGACUGAAGCCAAACCAGGAGACCUGCUGCUGAUGGCAGCUGGCCCCCUCCAUACUGUGCGCCCAUUGCUAGGUAAACUUCGCCUGAAGUGCGCACAGCUCCUGGAGUCCCGUGGUGUUCCUGUCCGCGACCAGACAGCCUUCCACUUCCUGUGGGUUGUGGACUUCCCUCUCUUCUUGCCUAAAGAAGAUGCACCAGAGGAGCUGGAGUCAGCCCAUCAUCCGUUUACUGCCCCACUGCCCGAGGACACACAAUUACUCUACACAGAGCCACACAGGGUGCGUGGUCAGCACUAUGACCUGGUGUUAAACGGCUGUGAGAUUGGAGGAGGCUCCAUCCGCAUCCACAAGGCCUCAGAGCAGCUUUAUGUCUUGAAGAACAUCCUCAAGGAGGAUCCUAGUCUCCUCUCCCACCUGCUGGAGGCUCUUGAUUCCGGAGCACCACCUCAUGGAGGCAUUGCUCUGGGGUUGGAUCGGCUGGUCUCCAUUAUGGUCGGUGCUCCCAGCAUCCGUGAUGUGAUUGCCUUCCCCAAGUCGUUCCGUGGACACGACCUCAUGAGCCAUGCGCCCGACUCGGUGUCUGAGGAGGACCUCAAGCCUUACCAUAUCUCCAUCAAAUGGUCAACAGAGCAAGGACCAGAAGAGGGCAAGUGAGGAGGGCAAUAAAGGGAUAAAGAAGCAUCAGAGGAAGGGAUGCUGUUUUCCUGUUUUUUUGGAUCAGGAGACAGAAGACGGCCGGCAAGCUGCAUACUGACUGGAGACUUGUCAGCUGGCCAGCAGAGACAUGAAAGAGGACAUACAUGAAGGAGUCUGCAUUUCAGAACCGAUAGUUUGAAGAGAAAGAGAAAAUCACUUAAUAUAUAUAUAUGUAUAUAUAUAUAUAUAUAUAUAUAUAUGAAACAAAAAAGACUGACUACCAAGUCUCAUUGAAAAAACCCUUGUGGUUAGAUUGAUACUGAAAAUUCUUGUGGUUCCUUACAAUAAAGUUUUUCUAUAAAACUUA